UGGACGGUUUGGUAUUCACACAGUUCACGUUAGGUGGACCGAAAUAUCAGUCUUCAACAAAUAUCUCGGAGCUCCGAAGACCCGGCCACUGACGUAACGGUCAUACAGAACCCGAGGAUACGUGGCCAGACCCUCUGAGCAGUCCGCUUUGCUCUAAAUCCCGUAAGUUGCGGUGUGACUCCCAGCUUUCUCUUCACUAGCAUCCGUAACUACGGUAUUAAAAUUGACGUCACGUAUGACCACGCCCAUCGCAUCUCCAUUCUAAUUUUGCGCAACAAAACUUACCGUGUAUAAGCCCACCCCUGAGCUUAUACUCCGACUUUCACUCUUGCACGCUCCGGCAUCUCGCUUCUGCCGAAGCCUCCGGACACCCUCUAAGAAUUUCCCGUUGAUACUGAAGUGCCAGUGAACCAUGGCAGAAGGGCUGUACAGAAUUGGAGAGUGUAUUUACAUGGAGGUAUUCCCUCCACCCAUGCCCUACCAGAUCUGCAAGAUUGAAGAACUUCGGAAAAACACAAAGGGUAGUGUUGAGGUAGCUGCGAAAUGUUUCUACCGAAGAAAGGAUCUUCCGCCUAGCGUGCUGUCGUGUGCAGACAGACAUUCCAGUCAGUCUGUGUGUGAGUGAGUGGGUGUGUGGUUAACUUGAGUGUGACCUCCAUUCAGUUGUGGUGGAGGAGGAGAACGAACUGGAGGGAGUGGCCGUGUCUAGCUUCUCUUUCGACAAGCUGAGCGAACAGGAGAGACAUCUGGUCCGCCAUAGAGAGCUCUUCCUCUCCAGACAGAUUGAGACCUACAAGAUAGACAUGGUCCGUGGCAAGUGUUCAGUGACUCUCCUCAAUGAGUUGGAGGAUAUCAGGACUUACCUGGUCAGCGAGGACACCUUCUUCUACUCCAUGGUCUACGACCCCAAUGUGAAGAAUCUACUAGUGGACAAGGGAGAUAUAAGAGUUGGAGCUGAUUUCCAGGCAGAGGUUCCUCCAUACAUCCCUCCUGGUGAGUCCUCUACACCUGCCACUCCCCUCCCUAAACCCUUCUCAUGUCCCUCAGAGUCUCGAGAGGAGCCAUCCCACCUGGCCACCAAGGUCUGGGAGCCCAACAAGAUGCCAGACCACAAGGUGGAGCAGUUCCUCGUCGUCGCUCGCUCCAUUGGAACUUUUGCCAGAGCUCUCCUCGACGGAGCAAAGAAACCUCAGAUCAGUCUCCGACUGGGAGCAGCUGCAGCAUCCAGAGACAUCACUCUGUUUCAUGCCAUGGACACCCUCCACCAGAAUGACUAUGACAUCACACAGGCCACCAGCUACCUUGUACCUCGAGGUCCUGUCCUGUGUGCUGAUGAACUUGAGGCCUGGACACAAGAGGAGGCCAAGAGGUUUGAAGAAGGUCUACAAGAACAGAAAGACUUUCUCUACAUACAAAAGAAAUAUUUGUCGUGGAAACCAGUAAAGAGCAUCACAGCAUAUUACUACAUGUGGAAGACGACAGACCGUUACCAGAUCCAGAAAAGGCAUCGGAUGAUAGAGAAGCAGAACGACUUGAAGGAAGUAAUAGUUCAUCUCCGAACCCCGAGUGGGGCCCAGACUGGACCCAGAGACCUCUCGGGGAAGGCAGCAUCAUCCGGAGUCAUCCCUGCCUUGCUCCCCCCGUCCAACGACGUCCCUCGGACUGCUGACGGUGAGAGAGGCUGUGAGAGUUGCCUAGCAACUACAGCAGCUCGCUGGUACAUGUGGGGCCCCGCCCACGAGCACUGCCGACUGUGCAAUCUGUGCUACACCUACUGGAGGAAGUAUGGAGGGCUGAAACUGCCGACAAGAUGGGAGGCAAGUGAGAAGAAAGCUGGAGUCAUGACUGCCACCGCUCUGCUCCAGAGAAAACUCAACAAAGAUCGGCCGUCAGGUCCACCAAAGUCGUCCAAGAAGGCUCCUAGACAUGUGACAGCCCGCAAGUCUGGCGACAUCAUUCCUCCAGUCCCAUUCUUCAUGAGACCCUCUCCUCACACCCUCUUUGAAAGACAGGGAAUGGGUGGGCGGAGCCUCAUGCGAGUUGCUCGCCAUCCUACCUCUACUGCCAUUGUUCCUAAGUCAUCUCCCAAACCUUCGUUGGAAGCCCUACAGCGGUUCAUAGCUGGAAGACGAAGAGCCCAGCGCAGGCCUUUCACCUCUCACAGUCUAGCCUCUACUCUCAACAGACAGAGUGUCCACACCUCCCCUGUCAAACAGCUGAUUGUCAGACCUUCCCCCACCCCCAUCUCCCCCGGCUACAAGGCUGCCAAGGCCAGUAAGACAAAGGUAGUGGCUUCUGGGACAUACGUUCCUCCAAAGACAAUGAAUAGGCAGAUAACAGACAGCAGAGCAGCAAAGACCCACUUAGCCUCUUCUUCAGGAGUGUAUGUGCCACCCAGCAAUGGUGUGAUUCCUCCUCCUGUCUCCGAGUCUCGCAAGAGGAAGUUGGAAGGGCCUCAGGAGCCAGAGAGGAAGGUGAAGGUAGCUCGUCCUCCAUCGCCCGCAACCCUCGGUCCCGGGGAACUUUUCUUCAAAGCUGACAAGGGCACCAGGCAGGCUCGGGACCAGCUGGGAAAGGGAUCACUAGUGAAGGCUGCUCGUUCACCAGCUAAACUUAUCAAAUACUGAGACCUAACUCAGAUCAUGUGACAAUCACAUGACCAAACUCUUUCCUUUCUCUCUUCCAGUCGACUACAUACAAUACUAGUGUCACUGGUCUAAGUCUUAUGCUCACUGUUACGAAUGUGGCAUAAAGAAAUUGAUCUGCGUGUGCAUCAUACAACAUCUGGGGAAACACAUGAAAUUUGAGAGUCAUUCCUCUGGUCCUGGGUGCUGAAGAAGAGUCCAGAGAAGGCUUCCUGCAGGGCUCUGUGACAGCCAUAGGCAGCCAUGUACCCACUACCCACAUGUGGUAUCUCCACCUCUCUCACAUGUGUCAAGUACCCAUAGUCCCCUAGUUCUUCGAGAUCAGGGACUCCAGGCCCCAGCAGAUUCUGACUGGGAGGCUGGUAGGUAUAGUUCUCCCUCUCCUUUGUGCUUGGAACCAUGUCAAACACUGCUGUACCCAUGCUCCUCUGGAAGGUAGGGAAGGUAAUGUGCUUGGUGGUUGGCUCUGCCUCAGACUGAGCUGCAGCAGCUGCGUGGCUGGCCACCACCUCCUCCGCUGGUCUCUCUGACACCAUCAACUCAUGUAUGACGCUCUGCAUGUCUCUCUUCUUCUCCCUGGCCUCUCCCUUGGCAGAGGCAAGGGCCUGUCGGUUCCGCAGCUCCUGUAGCUGCUGCUCUUCCCUCACCUCUUGCUGU